AUGGUGAACAUCAUCCUUGCACCUGGACAGUACAUCAAAAGUGCCGAUAGAUUAAGUUGUGAUCAGAUCUUCCAUGGUACCAAUGUCACCAUUGUAUCAGAGUUUGAAGACCAACCUGCUGAGAUCAUGCUAAAUGGAGGAGCAUUCAUCUGUAAUGAUGGCUCAUUCAAUCAAUCCUCACCAUUCACAUCGGUCAACAUCACAAACAUCAACAUCAAUGGAGGUUACAGCCCACACUACGUCGGCUUCAUUCUAAUGUUCUUUGGCUACCCGAUCAAUGUCACACUCAACAAUGUCAAUGUUUACAACUGCCUUAAUGUCCCCUUUUUGAUUGAGUUCCAAACAUCAGAUAAUGGAACACUGAGCGACCAAUCAUACCUGACCAUUACCAACAGCACAUUCAAUAACAACAAUGGUGCACUAUUUGUACUAAGCAUCCGAAGCAUCACAGUAUUCAUAGACAAUUGCACCUUUGACAGCAACCUCAAGUUCGGCGGGUUCAACUUCCCAACGAGCACGAUCACAAUUACCAACUCGAUCUUCUCCAACAAUCAACUUGCGAUGGAGUUGAUGUUCUCAUGCGAACUAGAGGCCCAAUUGACAAUGGACAACUCUCACUCCAACUACCAACCAUCUGAAUGGACGCCGCCAUGUUGCCUCUCCAAUGUGUUCAACCUGACCAAUGUCACAGUGAGUGGUGGACUGCCGACUGACGAUCCGUUCAUCACAUUGGUCGGUGGCAAUAUGACCUUUGACAAUGUACAGAUGCUGAAUGGUCAACGUCUCCUAAAUUGUCCACUCACAUGCAAGUUGUUGAAUGGCGAUUACUCAUGUCCGACCAAACGUCAACUUCCCAAACAUCUCGGAUGGAUCAUUGCCGGAUCAGUGCUUGGAUUCAUCUUUGUAUCAUUCAUGGCCUUAUCCAUCUGGAGGAAGGUGAAGAUGAAUCGACAACAGUAUCAAUCAAUCCAAUAG